AUACCGUGUCAGUUUGUGGAGGGGUUUGGAUACUUUCAGUCGAUUUGAUCAGUUUAUGAUAUAUAUAUAUAUAUCCUUCUGUACAUGAUGUCGCUGGUCUCGUUGUCAUCCAGGAGAUCGUGGAUUGUUAUCAUCGUUGUCAUCGUUGCUGUCGAGGCCGAGCCACAGCCACCGGGCUAUUUCUCCAACCCAAUUGUGUCAAACGAUUCUACCGUAACCGGGCAAAGACAGCGGUUUUCGUGCGUGAGGAGCGAUUUGACAUUUGGCAUUGAUGACGUAUGCGAUGGACGGGUCAGCUGCCCUUAUUGGGAUGAUGAAUAUAUUUGCGAUAACAAUGGCUGUAGCUUGGACGAAUACAAGUGUGACUACGGCAACUCGUUUCAGUGUGUACCCUUGACCUCAGUUUGUGAUGGCUUCUCGGACUGUGAGCUGGACAUCGACGAGUCACUAUGCGAUCCACUUGCCGAUUGUGUGCCGUCGUGCCAGUGUUCUGCCUACAGUAUAUCUUGUUACGAUAAUAGCGUUCUCGAGGACAGAGACGUGUGGAAAUCAGCAAGAUAUUUGAAUUAUCUUGGCGCAUACACGAACGGAACAAAACUGCCCUUGUCGAUGCCAUUCGAAGUAAGAGGAUACCCACUCUUGACACAGCUGCUUAUCGGCGAAACUGGCCUGAAUGAAAUGGUUCGGGCUGACUUCGAGAAUUUGACAGAGCUAAUCAUUCUGGAUUUAUCUUAUAAUACCAUAUCUCGGAUUGAGGAUCUAACUUUCAACAGUUUGAAUAAGCUGGCAAAGUUGCAUUUAGCAUAUAAUUCUAUCAGCUCCUUGUCGAAUAGUACCUUUACUGGAUUAAACAGCCUGGCGACAUUGGAUUUGUCUCAUAACGUUAUAAGAUCAUUGCCGAGCGGGGCGUUUGCGGGCUUGACUAGUCUGGAAGAUAUAAACCUAGAAUACAAUGCCAUUUCUCGGAUUGAGGCCUUCACAUUUGCUGAUUUGAAUAAACUAACAUAUUUGGAUUUGCAAAACAAUGAGAUCGAAUCACUGUCUAAUCACUCUUUCAUCGGAUUGACAAGUCUGAGAAACAUAAUGUUGAGGUAUAAUAGGAUUGCCGUUUUGCCAACGGGAGUUUUCAGAGAUCUACAUAGUAUGGAAGACUUAGACCUUCACUUUACAGGAAUCGAAGAACUGAAGCCGGGAUGUUUUCAAGGAAUGGAUAUACUGAAGAAUUUGAAGCUCAAUGAGAACAGCAUCAAUUCACUGCAGUCUGGAACAUUUAUGGAACUUGGGAAUCUUGCAAAUUUAUUUCUUUCUCAUAACAACAUUUCCGACAUUGCUAUCGGUGCCUUUGCAGGUCUGCAUUCUCUUCGGUUUCUUGACCUGGAAUAUAAUAACAUCAGAGAAGCACGAAAGGGGAUAUUUGAUGAUCAAUUCAAUCUAGCUUGGUUGUCUUUCACCUACAACCCACUAGAAUACAUUGAACCAGGAACCUUCCAGAAUCUGAGUCGGUUAGAGAAUCUAAAUAUGGUCAAUGUCCAGUUGGAAAAUCUCCAGGCAGAUACCUUUACAGGGAUCCAGUCUCUAAGAGGAUUGUCAACAGAUGACUACAGGCUUUGUUGUUUAUUCGAAGAGACUGAUAACUGCAGUAUAAUAACCACAACUUUCUUGGAUUCCUGCUCCCGCCUCAUGCCGAACACUUUCUUGCGGAUAUCCCUUUGGGUCAUUGGUUUGGGCGCCCUCAUCGGCAAUAUAACUGCUCUUGCUUUGCGGUGCCGUAAAGAUGAUUCACCCAGCGCAAAGACUCAAGGUUUAUUCAUUACGAACCUAGCCAUCGCAGACUUCCUCAUGGGAGUCUACAUGAUAAUCAUAUCGUCAGCAGAUGCGUACUUUGGGGAAUAUUUCUUUCUCGUCGCAGAACAGUGGCGUGGCUCCAUCGCUUGCAAAUUCGCGGGAUUCAUCGCUUUUCUGUCCAGUGAAACCUCCGUCUUCAUCCUUGCAAUCAUUACGAUAGAUCGGGUCCUAUGUGUUGUAUUCCCGUUCGGUAAAAUUAAGUUUCGAGCUACUUCUGCUCGCGUUGGUGUGGCGUUAAUCUGGACCACAUCUUUUGUCGUGAGCAUCGUUCCUUUGAUCCUUAGUUCCUACGUCAGUGGUUUUUAUGGCCUAUCAGAUGUCUGUAUGGGACUACCACUCAAUGUCGAAUCAAAAGCGUCGGGUGAACUUAUGUAUAAUACAGUGAGUCGAGUGUGGGAAUUCGUCGCUACUUCUGAUACAUCGGAGGGACCGAGUUGGGCUUACUCAAUCGCCAUAUUCCUCGGGGUGAACUUUUCAAUCUUUAUCCUCAUUCUAAUCUCCUACGUGGUCGUAUUUGUGUCCGCUCGAAGGUCGGCACGCAGUGUGGCCAGUAAGGGAGCAGCCAGUUCUGCUGACCGCGCCCGUGAAGUGAAGCUGGCCAUACGAAUGUCUGUGAUAGUCCUGACUGAUUUCUUUUGCUGGAUGCCAGUCAUCAUCAUGGGUAUUCUAUCCCAAUCUGGUGCAGUGACCCUUCCGGUGUCCCUCUAUGCUUGGAGUGUGGUCUUUAUCCUGCCAAUUAACGCAUCUAUCAAUCCAUACAUAUAUACCUUUAUCGCAUUGUGCGGUGGCUCGAAGAAGAAACCUACAUCAAGGUCGUCGAAAUCGUCAAAGUCAUCGAUGAAGUCUUUUUGGACUUCAUCGUCAUCUUGGAUUUCAAGGUGGUAUUUUUCGAGAAAGUCGUCUUCGUCAACACAAUCGUCUUCGUCGUUUUCAUUGUCAAAGUCAAAGCCGUCUUCAAAGACCGCACAGUCUACCACCGCGAAUGAUGCACCAGAGUAAUGGGACAUCACCGGAGGGAGUCCAGGGUUUCGUUUCAUAAAGCUGUUCGGGCUUUACGCACAGCUUAUUAAACACUCUCUGCCUGUCUAAAGACAGAGGAGAGAUAUUUCCUUUACCAGGAAAAUAUCGAAAAACAUGCUUUUAAUUUUCAAGUUGAGACUAUACAUUUAGAGUAUUUGGACGAUAUUUUUGUUUGAAAAUUGGCGAAAGCCGAAGCUCUCGUCACAUUCGAGAUGUUUGACCAAGUAUCUUCCGAGAGCCCAAUCUUUAAUAUACCACAAACUCUAUCUAAAUCUAAUUUUGCGUUGCACCUCCAUUCACUCUCAUGAUUUAAAAAAAGGGAAAAAAGUUCGCAGAAUUGAUACUGGAAAAGACAGAAUGUGUUCUUUCUAAUGCACCCUUAAACAAAAUAAAUAUUGUUAUAUUAUGUGCAAAGUAAAAUGAAUAUGCAUACAAAUAUUUUACGAUACCACUGCAUACCAGUAUCCGAGAAACAUUGGUCAUCUAGUGCUUGCUACCUAUUUCCAUAAUGAAUGAAUCUUUGAAUGAAUGAAUGAAUCUUUAUUUCGUUUUAAUUCCGAUAUAGUAAAUAGAAAAAAAAAGUAAAUAAUUACAGGAUAAUAUACAUAAUACAUGCGCUACUUUUUAUGGAACAUUAGUAACACCCAUGAGAAAAGGUGAAAAUGAAAUGUGGUGACCUACUAAGAAGCUUAGCUUGUGGGCCAUAGACCACCAGAAUGUUAAAAAACUUACAUUAGCAAUUAUUUAAAACAUCAUAGAACAAGCAAACAAAGAAUGGGAGUAAAUAACCAAAGUACAGAUAUACAUAUUUACAAAAGAUACACCAAAAAGUAACAAAAAAGUGAAAUGCAGAAUGCAAACAAAUUCUAUAAGACCUAAAGUAUAAGAAUUUGAAAUUCG